CUAUGAGCAUGACUCGUUACUCGUGCCAACACGUGAAUUGUAACUGUAAGAUGCUUAUCGCUCUGCUCUAAUGGUGCUAAUAAUCAAAAUAAUACGCACUUUGUUUUGAAAUUACGAACCACGCACACACGAAAUUGAAUUAUCACGCUGCAGCGCAUAAAAUGUAAAGAGUUGCAACAUCAGCUAACUGCACUAAAUUCAAAAUUGGCCCUGGCCCCCACUGUUGCUGCUGCUGCUGCUGCUUUGUGACGUGUAUUCCAACAGUUCGAUAUCGCGCAGUCAUUGUGAAACAGAGCAAGAGAUAUGUCGCAUAUAGAUAAUAUAUUUCAUCAGGUGCGUGCACGUUUGCAGGCGCAAGGUGUAAAGCUAUGGGAGGAGCCCUACUACUCCGAAGGCAUGGGCAGCAUAGAGGCAUCCAUAGAGCGUCUGGCUGAUGAAUAUGCUGCGCAGCUGGGAUUGGAUGUGAGCCACUGCAAGUGUGUGCUAACCGAGCUGCAGGACAAUGCGCUGCGCAAGCUUGCUGCACGUCGCGAGUUUAGUGAGACAGGUCUGGCUACGUUUAAGGUGCGACGCAUUGACAAUCGCAAGGGCACAACCAGCAUACUGGACGUUAAAUGUGAUCUAAAUGAACUGGGCUCCAAGCUGCAGCAUCAAAUCGCCACAAAGCUGCAGCUAAGCAAUGCCAAUCAAGUCAAGUGCAUAUCAGCUGGACGCAUUCUAGCGCCGCAUAUAACGCUGGCGGCGCAGCAGCUAAAAAACAAUCAACAGCUUAUUGUAAUUGUGAGCGGAGAUGACAAUCAAAAUGGAGCGCUGCUGCAUGAGCGCAUUGCCAAGAUUAUGGCCGAUGUGGAGGCAGUGGCGGAUUCACAGAAUCAGCUCAUGGAGAUGGAGGAUCAGGAUGGCAAUCCAGUGUUUUUGCCGCCCGAGGAGAAUCGCGCGCUGCUCAUUGCCACCGCCUGCUGCGAAAAGGCGCGCGCUGCUAUGCAACGUGAGGAUUAUGAGGAGGCUUUGCUGCUGCUGCUGGAGUCUGAUGAGCGUUUCAAUACGUGCAACUCGCAGUUUCUGGAAUCUGUGGAUAACUAUGCGCUGCUGAAUUUGGAUAUCGUUUGGUGCUAUCUCUGCCUUAAGAAUGUUUCACAGCUCCCCGAUGCGGAUCGUCGCUUGAACAUUUGUGAGCGCAGUUUUCGCCGCAGCUAUGGCGAGAACUAUUCACGUCUCUAUGCGCUUAAGGGACGCUGCUGUCCGGAGCGCGCGCUCAUCAUGCGUCUGCAGCUGCUGCAGGGUGUGGUGCUCUAUCAUCAGAACGAACGUGACGCUGCCUACGAGCGCUUGGAGGCUGCUGCGCAAGUGCUUAGCGAGCUGAAAGUGAACGAUGAGCACUUGUUGCUGCUGGUGGAGAUGGGCUUCGAUGUGAGCGAGGCGCGUCUAGCGCUGCGCUCCAGCGCCGGCAACGUUGAGCGCGCUGUGCAGUUUAUACAGCAACGCAAGCAGCAAAUGAAGGAUGCACGCAAACAAAGCAAAGCGGAGCGUGAAUUGCAUCGACGCUAUGCGAAUCAAACAGUUAAGGAUAGCGACUGGGUGAAUCCACGCAGCGUUUGCACGCUCAUCGAAAUGGGCUUCGAGCGACGCUUGGCAUCGGCUGCGCUGCGGCGUAGCAAGAACGAUGUGCCACGUGCGCUGGAGCUGCUGCAGCUGAAUGCUGUGGAGCUAAGCAAUGAUUUGCCCGAUACGCCAAGCGCUGAUGCACUGCAGCUGGCAACGCUACUGCAAUUGGGUUUUCCAGAAGCUGCAGCGCGCGCUGCUUUGGAGAGCACGCGCAAUCAACUGGAGCAGGCAACAGAUUUUCUGCUCAAGUCACUGCAAAGCGAAGAGGAACUCAUGGAAACUGUAGAGCGCAUUAUGAAUUUAGCUAGCGGCGAUGCGUCAGCUGCAUCCACCUCACAGGGCAGUGCAAUUGGUGGACUCAUGGACUCGGUGCUGCAAAAGGCGCAGGCUGAGCUGACAGCCUAUCACGCAUAUAAACGUUUGCAUGCCGACUUGACGCACAAUGAACAGGACUAUUUGGAUUUGCCGCUGGUGCAGGAGGAGCAGCUGUUGCUCGAGUAUCGCAAGCUGCUAGAGCAGUGAGUCUGCCAAGAUGUGCCAAUGAUUUGGACUAAACUCACAAGCACAUUAAUUGUGGCAUUGUCCAACACUACACCGCAGC